AUGGGCCUGAGAAGACCUAGGGCUCAAGAGAAAUUAAGGUCUUUGAUAAAUCAAUUUCAACCUUCAGUAGUUUUUAUAGCAGAACCUAAAAUAAAUUGCAAUGCAGCAUUUUGCAAUAAGUUGAAUUUAUCUGGAAUGCAGAACAUGGUAAUUCACAAUUCACUUUUCAAUAAGAAAGGAAACAUUUGGUUAUUUUGGAACAAGAAUCUUCCUACACCAACUGUGGUUUCAAUGUCUACUCUAAUGAUCACUGUCAACAUUGGAGGCAAUCUGGUAUAUGGAGUUCAUGCUCAUGUUGGUGUUGUGCAAAGAAGAAAUUUAUGGACUGAAAUGGAGGUAAUAAGUAGGUUCAAUCUUCCUUGGCUGGCUAUUGGUGAUUUUAAUGCAUUCCUAACUGCAGAAGAAAACUUUGGAGGGAGAGCUCCUAAUACAAGAAAUAUGCUUGAAUUCAAUAAUUGUCUGGACAAAUGUGAAUUACAACAAGCUUCAAAAUCUUUGUGUUGGAAUUAUAAAGUUGGUUUGAGAAUAGCUUCUGAUCAUUCUCCACUUUUAGAUGGUUGUGUAGAAGGGGAUCCAACUUUUGUGUUCCAAAGCAAACUUAAAAAGUUAAAAAAAGGGUUGGUGGAAUGGAACUGGAAAGUGUUUGUAAAUCUAAAUGAACAAAUCAAGGAAGCUACAAAAGAAGUUCAAGAAGCAAUGAAGUUAUCUGAUGACAAUCCACUUAAUGAGGAGUUAUUAGACAACUUAGUAAAAGCUGAAAAUAAGUUGAAUACAAAAGAAGUGCAGUUAAGUACAAUGCUUAAACUUAAAGCUAGAACCAAAUGGGUUAAAGAAGGGUCAGCAAAUACCAAUUUUUUUCAUACCAAGCUUAAAGUAAGGCAAGCAAGAAACUCAAUCUAUGAAUUGGAGAAUAGCAACAAUGAAAUCAUUAUAGAUCAAGGUAAAAUAACAGAAGAGCUUGUUAAAUUUUUUGAAGAAAGAUUCAAGUUCAAAGAAGUAAAUAUUUCAGAAACAUUGCUUGAAGUAAUUCCAAAAAUAAUCACAACAGAAGAUCAAGCUAUGUUGGAUGUUGUCCCAGCUAUGGAAGAAAUUAAACAAACUAUAUUUGAAAUGGAUCCAGAUAGCUCUCCAGGUCCAGAUGGAUUUUCAGGUAGUUUUUACAGGGCAUGUUGGAAGAUAAUUCAAGAUGAUGUGGUCAAUGCAGUUCAAUUUUGCUGGAAAAAAAUAUUUAUUCCAAAAGGAUUAAACUCUAAUUUUUUUGUGCUGCUCCCAAAAGUAGAAGGUGCAAGAUCUCCUCAGCAAUAUAGGCCAAUUGGUCUAAGCAAUGUAAGUUUCAAAAUCUUCACCAAAAUCAUUACAUCAAGAAUGUCAAUUCUCAUGCAUAAGCUAAUUUCUCCUCAACAAGCAUCAUACAUCAAAGGAAGAAACAUACAAGAUCAAAUUAUUUUAGCUUCUGAAAUGGUCAAUGAAAUGAAAAAGAAAAUAAGAAAUGGCAAUAUUGGUCUCAAACUGGAUAUAGCUCAGGCUUAUGAUUCUGUGAGCUGGAAAUUUCUUUUUCAAGUUCUAAAGAAGUAUGGAUUCUCAGAUACAUGGUGUGAAUGGCUAGGCAUUCUUUUUGAGUCUGCAAGAAUUUCAGUCAUGAUAAAUGGAGGACCAAAUGAUUUCUUUUCAGUGGGUAGAGGAUUGAGACAAGGAGACCCUAUAUCUCCAAUUCUUUUUGUUUUGAUGGAGGAUGUUCUUAGUAGAAAUAUUACAAAGUUGGUGAUGGAGGAUGAUGUUUUUAUCUUCUGCAGUGGAGCAAAGAAGAGUAUUCAAAAUCUGUUGAAACUAUUAGAAGAAUAUCAAGACAGUUCAGGCCAAGUAAUUGACAGGAGAAAAAGCAAACCUUUUGUGGAUGGAACAACCACAGCAAGAAUGAUGCAAAUUAAAGAAAUGAUGCAAAUGGAAGUGAGUAGCUUGCUUGACAAAUAUUUGGGAGUCAUCUUACAUUCUGGCAGAAUUAAAAUUGCAACUGUUUGGCCCAUAGUGGAGAUAAUGCAAAAGAAGUUGGCUAGCUGGAAAGAGGUUGGAUUCACAGAGUAUGUUAAGGAGCAUAUCAAUCUAAAAGUCUCAGACUUAAUUGUUGAAGGAAAAUGGAAUUUACCUGAGGAGCUAAAUCAAAUUCUUGCACAUUACAAUCUACCUGCAAUUGGUGUUGGUGAUGAUAUUCUAAUAUGGAAAGGAGAAAUUAAAGGACUUGCUGGUUUUGGUGUAGUGAUUAGAGAUCAUUUGAGUCAGGUAUUGGGAGUGAUAACUGGUGGAAUUGGUAUUACUACAAAUUACAUAGCAGAAGUGUAUGCAAUCAUAAGUGCAGUGGAGUUGGCUGUUGAAUGGAAGGUGCAUAAUGUAAUCCUAAAUUCAGAUUCCAAAACAGUCAUAACUAAAUUUGAAAACAACAAGAUGCCCUGGUUUGUGAAAAUGAGAUGGCAGAAGGAAAUUAGACACAUUCAGUCUAUCAUAUUCUUACACAGUUACAGGGAAACAAACUUUGCAACUGACACAGCAGCAAAGAAAGGUGCUAGAUUGGCAGCAGGGAAAAGACAAGUCUAUUAUGGAAGACCUAAUUUUCUAGCAAGAGUAGAGCAACCAAAUGUGGAAUAUUAUAGAAUCUGUUGA